UUAAGAGGCGCGGCCCGGCGGGACCCGACCCAGACGCGGGCAGCGCCUGGACUCGCCGCCGCCGCGGGACUCGGGCAGCCCCGCAGCGCUCGGGCUCCUCCUCUCGCGACCGCCUUCGCAGCGAUGGACGGAGACGGUGACCCAGAGAACGUGGGCCAGCCCGAGGAGGCGAGCCUGGAGGAGCAGCAGGAGGAGGCGGGCGCCGGGGAGGAGCGGCCCGAGGAGGCGGAGGCGGAGGCGGCGGCAUACCUGGACGAGCUGCCCGAGCCGCUGCUGCUGCGCGUGCUGGCCGAGCUGCCGGCCGCCGAGCUCGUGCAGGCCUGCCGCCUGGUGUGCCUGCGCUGGAAGGAGCUGGUGGACGGCGCCCCGCUCUGGCUGCUCAAGUGCCAGCAGGAGGGGCUGGUGCCUGAGGGCGGCGCCGAGGACGAGCGGGACCACUGGCAGCAGUUCUACUUCCUGAGCAAGAGGCGGCGCAACCUGCUGCGCAACCCGUGCGGGGAAGAGGACUUGGAGGGCUGGUGCGACGUGGAGCACGGUGGCGACGGCUGGAGGGUGGAGGAGCUGCCCGGAGACUGCGGGGUGGAAUUCAUCCACGAUGAGAGCGUCAAGAAGUUCUUUGCCUCCUCCUUCGAUUCCCCCAGGUGGUGUCGCAAAGCGCAGGUCAUUGACUUGCAGGCCGAGGGCUACUGGGAGGAGUUGCUGGACACCACUCAGCCGGCCAUCGUGGUGAAGGACUGGUACUCCGGCCGCAGUGACGCCGGCUGCCUGUACGAGCUCACGGUGAAGCUGCUGUCCGAGCACGAGGAUGUGCUGGCCGAGUUCAACAGCGGACAGGUGGCAGUACCACCGGACAGCGACGAUGCGGGCUGGAUCGAGAUCUCCCACACCUUCACUGACUACGGGCCCGGCGUCCGCUUUGUCCGCUUCGAGCACGGUGGGCAGGACUCCGUCUACUGGAAGGGCUGGUUCGGGGCCCGGGUGACCAACAGCAGCGUGUGGGUGGAGCCCUGAGUGACCCCUCUUCCAGACUCCCCGAGCUGCCCUGCAGAUAGCCUUAGUCAGCAGCAUCCUCACCAACCCCCACCCCCACCCCGCACUCCUCUCCCGCCCCUCAUUCCAAGCCCAGCCCCCACACCGGGAGAGAGGGUUUUGUUGGCAUAUAUUUGCAUAUAUUUGCAUGUAGAACAGAAGAUGGGUGAGGGCAUGGGCCUGGGCCAGGCCCACCGCUGAAUCCCCCGCACCUAGCACAGUGCCUGCCACAAAGUGGGGGCUCAAUAAAUAUUAUUUGUCCAAGAAAGGA